AUGGAAUUAAUACACCGAUCGCAUGAGUCGAGCUUCUAUCGCCAUACACCGUUGAACGCCGCACGACGACAAAUACGGUUGAUCAAGCUUCUUCCUACACAAUAUCUCGAUGACGAAGUAGCAUGCAAAAUCGAAGAGUUCGAUCUCGAGCUUGCUCCAGCUUACGUUACAUUGUCGUAUACUUGGGGUCCACCAUCACCUUCCAGGGCCAUAGUGGUUAAUGGAAAGCUCCUGCUCGUCCGUCAAAACCUAUACGACUUCCUGAAAUGUCACCGAAACGAUCACUGCAAUUUCCAGUAUCUGUGGAUCGAUCAGAUAUGUAUCUGCCAGGCUCACCACGGCGAACGCAGUCACCAGGUGCAAUUGAUGUCUCGCAUAUACACUGGCUGUCUUCAUGUCAUUGUAUGGCUCGGCAUGGACAAAAGUCUCAGUCCAAAGCUCGAAGAUACCCAUCCUUUAGUCCAGGCUGCCAAGAUUGUGUUCAGCAACAACUACUGGCGCAGACUGUGGAUCAUACAAGAACUGUUGUUGCCGAAAAGCAUUCGUGUACGGUCCGGCGUCACUUGGCUUCCGUUCAACAAGCUCGUAAUUGCAGCAAAGCGAUUUGGAUCUCGCGUCUCUAUGUCAAAGGCGCACCAUAGCAUAUUCUCCCACUUCAGGCUCUUAGUAACCCACUCAGAGCAUGAAGCUCCAGCUCGCGGUUACAGCAUGUCUCUUGCUGUGUGUCUGCGGUAUUUUGUCCGGCAAGAAUGCUACGACCCUCGCGAUAAGGUCUAUGGCCUUUUGAGUCUCAGCACCCACGAAGUAUACAUGGAUGCACUGCGACGAGUUACGAAGAGUUCAGACACCUCCGCAUUCGACCAACUGGCACUCGAACUCUGGAGGGCGAUGAACUUGACGCCGUAUCAGCCAUCUUCGUUCAGUCAAGUACAAUGUAACUGGUCUCUGAUGUUCAAGUUGAUGGAGUUGAUGGAGUUGAUCAAAGAUUUCAUGCAGGAUAUAUCCAUAUUUGCAAGUGCAAAAGCCCUUCGACCUAAACAAGUAGAUCAGUGCUGA